UCUUCCCUGAUGGAUUUGCUAUCUAAAAUGGUGGUGGGACAGCCUCAUUUUGUCCGUUGCAUCAAACCCAAUAAUGAGCGCCAGGCGAGAAAAUAUGACAAAGAGAAAGUCCUGCUACAGCUUCGCUGCACGGGAAUUCUAGAAACAGCAAGAAUUCGAAGGCUGGGAUACUCACAUCGUAUUCUCUUUGCUAACUUUAUUAAGCGGUACUAUGUUCUCUGCUACAAGUCAAGUGAAGAGCCCCCAGUUAGCCCAGACACCUGUGCCACCAUUUUGGAAAAAGCUGGUCUUGAUAACUGGGCUCUUGGAAAAACAAAAGUGUUCCUGAAAUAUUAUCAUGUGGAACAGUUGAAUCUAAUGCGAAAGGAAGCCAUUGACAAGCUUAUUUUGAUACAAGCCUGUGUCAGAGCCUUCUUGAGUUCAAGAAGAUACCAAAAAAUGCAGCAGAAAAGGAAAGAAAGUGCUAUAAUAAUACAGUCAGCUACAAGAGGACAUCUAGCCAGGAAACAAAGAAAAGAAAUUAUUGACAAGAAAAACACAGUAGUAACAACCAUGCAGACUCAUGAUCGGGAAUUUGACUACAAGAAGAACUUUGAAAAUAAAAGGGAGUCUUCUAUGAAGAAACAAACAGAAAAUGCAAUGUGUACUGAUGAAUCAGUCAUUCCCACUCCAAAUAAUAAAAGAAGUUUACCUGGAGGAAAGACUUCUACUUUCAAAAAGGAAGGGGAAGCCAUUAAUGCUGUCAAAACUAAUGACAAAGGAUAUCAAACUCAGAAGAAAAUGAAUAAUAUGUAUGAAGAAGAGGCUAAUCAAAACCUUUAUCUCAUGGGGGACCCUUGGGCAGAAGAAAGUCCCAAAAAGAAGUAUGUCAAAGACCUGGAAGAGAACAGUAAGAUUAGGAAAGGGGAGAAGGAGGACAUGAUGAGCCAGAGUUACUACCAGAGGUACAUGGAAGAAAGGAAUUUUGAAGAAUCAAAAGCAGCAUAUCUAGAACAGAAGGGCACAUCAGAAAGGUUGAGCUACCCAGGGCUUUUGUUAGCCAAGAAUGAAGCUUCUUUGGAAUCUAGUCUUAGCCAAAGUUCAGUUUAUAAACAUGCAAAUUGGACGGAAAAAGAAAAGAAGACAUCUGUGGUUACUACCCAGAAUGCACCCAUGUGCAGUCAGGAGACAGGCCACUGGCAGCACAGGACAGUCACAGAGAAGCACAUUGGACCCGUGAUACAGUACCAGGAAGAAAAAGACAAGGCUGCAGUGUUUAUUCAGAGCAAAUACCGGGGUUUUAAACAACGACAGCAAUUAAGGAAGGACAGGAUAUCGCCUUCCUUUAAGAAUCAAAAGAUUCUUGCAACACCAACAGAAGUAGCAAAAAACACUCACGAUGUGUAUUCCUGUCCCACAAAACAUGAAGGAAUUCAAAAUAUCAAGAUGAAGGAUGACAGAGACUCAAAAGAAACUUCAGAAAAACAAGCAUGUGAUUUGGGAAUUUUUUCAAAACAGAUAUCAAAGUUAUCUGAAGAAUAUUUCAUUCUACAGAAAAAAUUGAAUGAAAUGAUUUUGUCACAGCAACUGAAGCCACUUUAUCUGGGCGUCUACCCCUGUAACCCAAUAAAUAAACGGGUUUCUUCUCAGCAGUGCCUCUCAGGUAUCUCUAAAGGAGAAGAACCAAAAAUGUUGAGACCCCCAAGACGACCCCGAAAACCCAAAACAUUAAAUAGCCCUGAAGACUGCACAUACUAUUACCUACUACAUAAAUCAAUCCAAGAAGAAAACCGAAGACCGAGGAAAGACAGUCAGGGAAAAUUACUAGAUUUGGAAGAUUUUUAUUAUAAGGAAUUUCUGCCCAAUUGUUCUGGACCAAAGGACAAUAACCCUAGUUUAAGAGAACAAAGAACACAAGAAGAACUCCAGAAUCAAUACUUUCAGGCUAAUGAAAGGUACUGGGCAGCAGAUAGCCCCAAGGAGGAGGAGGAAGAGGAGGAGGAGGAAAGAAUGUCAACAGCUAAUCCCUAUGACUACAGGAGGCUCCUGCGCAAAACCUCCCAGCGACAGCGCCUCCUGCAGCAAUUGUAG